AUGGAUGCUCGAUUUGAGUGGCAUCUAGGGCAAGUCCUAGGACAUGCUGAUCAGCAACCAGCACAUGACACCAAGUUCGCCAUGGUUGUUCUUAAUCAGCCGAUCAGUUGGAAUCGCAUUCUCGAUUGGCUAUGGAAAAAUGCCUUCAUACGGGUGGCUGCCGAUGGUGGCGCAAAUCGUCUCCACGAAUCUUUCUUGUCCACCGGCUCUCCUAACCUUGAUCACGAUAAACAGGUUCGCCUGGAUGCUAUUAUCGGUGAUCUCGACUCACUAAGUGUUCCCGUCAAAAACUAUUUCACCGCUUUGACUUUGCCCACCCAGAUCAUCUCUGUUCCUGGCCAAGACUCUUGGGAUUUUGAAAAAGUACUAUCCUGGCUGCGAUCUAAUUGUGGCCAAAAUAUUGAUACAAUGAUAAUUGGCGACCUUGGAGGACGUAUGGAUCAUGGUCUAAGACAAAUUCACAACCUGAUCUUAGCAACCCCUGGUAAUGACUACUCUGGUGGCAGGUCAUUUUUAGUUUCCAGGGAAAGCUUGACGUUUAUAUUGAAAGCUGGCCGGCAUAGCAUUUCCAUAAAGGAACAUAGCCCCCUUAUGUUCGGGGACCAUAUUGGAAUCAUGCCGGCGGGGAUACCAUCAACUGUCACAACCAAAGGCUUGGAAGCUGAUGUUCAGAACGUAGAGUUGGGGCUUGGGGAGAGAGUCAUUCUUGAUCGUAUCUCACCAACAACCUCGGAGAUUGAGAUUGUCACCACUUGUUCGUUGGUUUUCACCAUUGAACUAUUACAUUCUUCAUAG